GGAAUGCGGAACAACACAAACACGCGAAUCAGAUAAGCCGGUAAAAUAACGACUUUUAUCGGUUGAGACUCUCGUUUCUCGCAUGGAGGAUGUGGCGGAGAACAACAAGGACCCCGGCCUCGGCGCGGAGGAACACGGCGGCCCGGGACGCUGCGCUGCGGCCAGUUCCGAGCUCGCCGGCUCGGUUCCGCGGGGUGUCGAGGCCCGGGACGGGAGGAAACUGGUCCUCCACGUGGAUCUGAACAACACCGUCCUGGUGUCAGACGCCGUGACGGGACAGGGGACCGUGGCGGCGCUGGACUACUUUCUGACCACCGUCACCUGGGGCAGAAUGGACCAGCACGGAAGUUGGGAGUGGCUGAGCGACUCCCCGUCCCUCCAUCCUCCCUCCAGCGACGCCGUCAGCUACUACUCCCAGUUCGGACGGACGGCGGGUUUCACCUCCGGGGCCGGUCGGCGCUUUAAAGCUGUUCUGGACGAGCACCUGGACCUGCUCCGCUGGCCCGAGGGCGUCAAGGGCGACAAGGAGCUGUCGGUCCAGGGUGAGGAUGGGCGGAGCUACCACUGGAUCCUGCCCUCGUUCUUCCAGCUGCUGCAGGAUCUGGUCCGGGACGGCCGGGACUUCGCCAUCGUGUUCCGAACCUUCGGGUCGGACCUUCCCCGUGUGCUGAGGGCCGUGUCCCGGGCGCUGAGCGACGGGGUUCACCCGCUGUUCCCCGACCUGCCGGAGCUCAAGCUGAGCGUGAACUCGACUCCGGGGAAGAUCCGCUGCAGCCGGCGGGGCGGCGUGGUGCUGACCCGGGGGGAGGACCGGGUCUCCAGCCGGGACGGGGAGCGCGGCCUGUACCGGUACCUGAGCGCCGUGACGGGCCUGGGGGGCUUCCAGGACCACUUUGACUGGUGGGCGUCCAACACCUUCUCCAGCCGGGGCGGGAAGCCGCUCUGGAUCGACCCGUUCGACCCGCAGGUGCAGCACGUCUUCAUCGACGACAACAUCCGGGAGAACGACGCCGACACCAUCGUCCAGCCCAAGGUGUUCCUGCAGCCGGGCGGGGCCGACACCCGCACCGCCGCCACCGCAGAGCUGUACGACGUCAGCCUGGUCCAGACCGACCUGCUCCGCGCCAUCGCCGACCGCGGAUACUUCACCCGCCGCGUCGCCGUCUGCCAGGACAACUACCAGCAGAACCUGCAGCAGGGGGCGGGCUAGAGCCCCUCCCCCGGGUCAGGGGCCCCGGGGGAGGGGCCCCUGGGGGAGACCACGCCCCCCAGGACCCACCGGACACGAGGCCCAACCCCUGGUAGGAGGGACGGGCCAGGACGACCUGCUCAGGGACGGUUGGGGCUGGAUGUGGACGACGGUCGACGGAAUCAUCUCAAAGUUGAAGAUUUUAUUUUAAACUGACGGAUUAUAAAAGAAUGACGGUUUAUAAACACAGCAGCUCAUGCUACAUGCUACAUAAAUGCUACAUAAUACAUGUUAGAUAAUACAUGCUACACACCAUAGACAUAUAUAUACGUAGACACCACAUCGAGUGUUCUUGCUGCGAUACGUCAAGGUCGCCGCCAUAUUGGAUGUGGCAAGACUAAUACAAGUACAUUUUUUCAUAAAGCGCCUUUCUACAAAGACAUUUACAUUUUACAUCU